AAAAAUGGCGUUUGUGAAGAGUGGAUGGUUGCUGCGACAGAGUACUAUUUUGAAGCGUUGGAAGAAGAAUUGGUUUGACCUGUGGUCAGAUGGUCACCUGAUCUAUUAUGAUGACCAAACUCGGCAGAGUGUCGAGGAUAAGGUCCAUAUGCCAGUGGACUGCAUCAAUAUCCGCACCGGGCACGAGUGUCGGGAUAUUCAGCCUCCAGAUGGGAAGCCAAAAGACUGUAUGCUGCAGGUUGUUUGCCGAGAUGGGAAAACUAUCAGUCUUUGUGCAGAAAGCACAGAUGAUUGUUUGGCCUGGAAAUUUACACUCCAGGAUUCCAGGACAAACACAGCUUACGUUGGCUCAGAAGUCCUGUAUGAUGAGACAGCUGUGGCUUCUUCCCCACCUCCUUAUACAGCCUAUGCCGCACCAACCCCUGAGCAGGCAUACGGCUAUGGUCCAUACAGUGGUGUAUACCCACCAGGAACUCAAGUUGUCUAUGCUGCGAACGGGCAGGCUUAUGCUGUACCCUACCAGUACCCAUAUGCAGAGAUUGUACUUAUGACGCAUUAUUGCCCUGCAGUUUCCCUUGGACUUUAUGGACAACAGCCUGCCAACCAAGUCAUCAUUCGGGAGCGGUAUCGAGACAGCGACAGUGAUCUGGCACUGGGCAUGCUGGCUGGGGCAGCCACAGGCAUGGCCUUAGGGUCUCUGUUCUGGGUCUUCUAG